AUGCCAACAUUAUUUGCACUCACUGGCAGAUAUGUAAAAAAAUAUGCGCCUUGGGAAGAGCAAAACCUGGCAGACCGAGUUCGGUAUAUCUUGCGCUCAAAUAUAUUUGAUGUUGCCGAACUCGAACGGCUACGACUUGAGGCUGUUCCCUCGUCGGAUGAGAAUGCUACGGCUGAGGAUGCGGCGCCACAAAUGGUAGAGCAACCCGCAAACGUGGAUGCCGCCGUGAAUACCCCAGUUGUGGUUGAUUCAAACGAUGAUGGAACAGUCGCCCAGGAACUGGAAUUAGAGCAUAUGAGGAGUACAUUGGAAGAGGCGAUUGUGGAAACGCGCAGUACGCCUCUCGAAAAUCGACCGCGACUUCCCCGUAUAGCCCUAAGCAAGCGGAAUCGGGCUGUCGUGAGGGCUCUGAACCCAAUGCUGGUGACCUAUUUGGAAGCCAGCCGGGACCUUUGCGAGACGGACUCAAUUCUUUUUGGCGCCGCGCUAGCAGUCUGCCGUAUCAUAGGCGCCAAGGUUUCCACGGCUGGACGCGCUACUGGCCAUAGUAGCGCUAUCCCAGCAUGGAGAAGAAGAAUUGAGGAACGUAUCGCAAAGGCUAGAGCUCUCAUCGGCAGACUGAUAUGCUUCAGAUCAGGCAACAACAGGCCAAGAAUUGUGCGCACCGUCAGGAUGGCGUUUGCUGGGACAAAUGUCAGUUUGUCCCAGCCGGAUAUAACGCAAAAACUGACGGAGAGCAUAGAUGAUCUGAAGCAGAGAAUCGCUGCUUGGGGAAAACGGAUUCGGCGAUAUACCGAGAGGUCGACACGGUUCAACCAGAAUCGUCUCUUCCAGAGUGAUCAGAAGAGGCUCUAUGAAUCAGUGGAGCGACCAAUGGUAAGUGGAACGGGUCCAGCACCGAAUCAGGCCGACACUGUAGCAUUCUGGCGCGGCCUGUGGUCAGAGCCCGUAAACCACAGCGAGGGCCCUUGGACGGAAGUUGUGGCGAGUCAGUGUGCGGGUAUUACGCCCAUGGACCCCGUCAUCAUAACGCCGGAUGACGUAGCUGAGGCGGUCCGUAGGGCCCCGAACUGGAAAAGUCCGGGGCUUGACGGGCUGCAUCACUACUGGCUGAAGGGGUUCAUGACACGUGAUGGGGCGGUAUUUGCUCGGGUCUGUGGUACCCUGGUCUUUAGGAACCAAAUGAGUGAUCCCAGUAGUGAAGAGGCUUGGAAGCGACUUCUGGUUGAGAGCCUCUUGAAACUGUCGGGCGAGCACAGAGUGACACACCAUGAACCCCUUCAGCCAGUAGUGAUGCAGCCCGUCAAGCCCCGGACUUUUCCAGUUCGGGGCCCUACGGACCGCCUCAGCUACGUCAUCCGGCGUUAUGAUGACGGGGGUCCAUGGGCGUAA